AUAAUCACAAUAUUAUCCGGAAGUCCAUCAAGCUCCCCUAUUUUGAAGUUACAGCAGCAAACCUACUUCUUGGCGCCUAUUGCUCUGUCUUCAGAAAGGCCCUUCAAAUCUACCACUCUGAACGUGUGAAGCUUACAAGGGACAUGUCUAUCGUUUUGCAGCGCACUGGGAAAUGCAGCCGUUGUCGUUCCACCGCGCAUUCGACUGUCCGUGUUUUCGCGAGCUUGCCGCCAGUUAUGGUGAACUCUUGCACGGGAAAAAUGGGCCAUGCGGCUGCUGAGUCGCUGGUGGCUUACGGUUUUCCUCUCGUGCCUCAUACUUUCACGGGCUUGUCUGCCGGUGUCGCGGUUAAGAACAUUGGUGUAAGAGGAGUACCGGUGCAGCUCGUCGGCGAGGAGCGACGGCAGGCGGCAUUGGAUACCAUCAAGCGCGAUUACCCCAAUAUGAUGGUUGUGGACUACACGCUGGCCCACUGUGUUGAUGACCACGUUCGGUUUUAUACUGCUAACGGUCUUCCUUUUGUCAUGGGCACGGCGGGUGGUAACCGUGCGGGGAUGCGAGAGGUAGCGGAGGCGGCAGGCGUGUACGCAGUCCUUCCUUCGCCUGCUGGCGAGCAGGCAGCCGCUCUCUUCGCACUCCUCGUAUCGCUUGGCGCGCCUCUGCCACCGCACUUUGAGGAGUACACGUACGAGGCAGUUGGCCGAAGUGGCGACGCGGACGCCCUUGAUCUGCUGAAUCCGGCGGCCGCGGCGGACAUUGCCCAGUCGCUGCGGCUCAUGGGCAUCCAGUGCGAUGAGGCCCAGGUUCAUCGCAUGCGCGCAAUGCGCCAGCAGCGAGUCGGCGGCGGUAUGCAUCUGGAGCAAGAGCUACGCACCACAAGCACAAAUCUGCGCGCUCUGGAGGGCCGCGGCCUAUCACGUACCUGCCGGCUGACCGCGCCAGGUGGUCAUCAUACACUAAUGCUGCGGCAUUAUGGCCUGGACCGUACUGCCUUCGCGGCGGGUGCCGUCGAGGCCGCGCGUUUCUUAGCGGAGCGCGUGGCGGAGGGUGCAUCGCAGCGGGCGUAUGAUAUGGUGGACGUUUUGCGCGGCCUGCAAACACGAGACGAGGCCCGGCGCUCUGUGCGUGAGGAGAAAGGGCAGCAUUCGAGCAACGUCGUUAUGGCAGGGCCCGUUGUCAAUGCUGCUUUGGCUGUGUGA